GAAUCGUUCGUUUCUUUGAUGGAGGCUUUCUCCCUCUGAAAGAAAACUCUUUUAUCUUCUCCGAUUCUAUUUUCCGAUCCCUAAAUCGGAGUUAUCCGGCAGGUAUUGAUCGAGAGAACUUGUGAUCUUCUCAAAUACUUGAAUUGUUGUGACUCAGCUUGUGUCGGCGGUCGUUUAGGACCGAUUUUGUCUUUCUGAUUGAUCGGAUCAUCAAUACGAAGUUUCCGUGUUGUUUUUAUCACCGUAUGAUCUAUUUACGGUGUUUCAAUCGAAUUCCGGAUUGAUUUGAACCAGAAGCUUUGAAGUUUUUUAUUUUAUUUGUGGGAUUAGAGAAAGAAAGAGAUGGAUUCAAGCAGGAGAGCCGUUGAAUCUUAUUGGAGAUCGCGGAUGAUUGAUGCCGCGACUUCGGAUGAUGAUAAAGUCGCUGCUGUUUAUAAAUUGGAAGAGAUUUGCGAGCUUCUUCGUUCUUCCCACGUUAGUAUUGUGAAGGAAAUCGCCGAAUUUAUAUUCAAAAGGCUUGAAAACAAAAGCCCGAUUGUGAAACAUAAGGCACUGAGAGUGAUCAAGUAUGCUGUAGCUAAAUCUGGAUCUGAGUUCAGAAGAGAGAUGCAAAGAAAUUCAGCAGCUAUUCGUCAAUUGAUCCAUUAUAAAGGGCAGCCUGAUCCUCUAAAGGGAGAUGCUCUAAAUAAAGCUGUUCGCGAAAUUGCCCAGGAAGUUCUUUCUGCUAUAUUUUCUUCAGAGGAUAACAGCAAGCCUACAACUGCAGAAAGUCUAACUAAGAGAAUACAAGGUUUUGGAAAUACCAAUUUCGAAACGCAUUCCCCAUCCGAAGAUAAGAAAUCGUUUCUAAGCGAAGUUGUUGGCAUUGGAAGUGCAACAAUAAAGCACGGAUUAAGUAGUUUAAGUCAAUCCCAAUCAAUGAGGAAGAACGACACUGGUACUUACAAAAGUCCCAAUCUUCGAAGGUCACUCACCAGGGAAACUAACGCUUCUGAUAGUUACGAUCAAACUGAGUAUCACGGUGAAUCUCACACAGCGCCUAGGUUUUCCGAAAGUACCAAUUCCAGAUCAUGGGGUCAAGAUGUGGGAAAGAAUAGUCCGGAAACUUCCAAUGGAGUCAACCAUCCAAGUCCUGUAGAGAAGUCUCGAGAAGAGAGGUUAUUGGAGACUAUUGUGACAUCUGGAGGUGUUCGCCUGCAGCCUACUCGCGAUGCACUUCAGGUGUUCCUUUUGGAAGCCUCGAAGUUGGAUGCAUUGGCUUUGUGUCGUGCACUAUUGUCAAAACUUCAAUCUCCUUUAUGGCAGGUUCGAAUGAAAGCCGUGUGCGUUGCUGAGGCAAUUCUGAGGAAAAAAGAUGAUGACCUUGCUGUUAUUGCCGCAUCUUACUUGGAGGAUAAUCGAGAUGUUAUUGUUGCAUGCUCUGAAUCACCCCAGGCUUCUUUGAGGGAAAAGGCAAAUAAGGUCUUGAGUCUUCUUGGUGGAGAACAGAGUAGCAAUGGACUGUAUCACCAAGAGAAAAAGGUAGAGAAUUCUGCCAUUCAAAUGCCCGACUUAAUAGACACAGGUGCUCUCGAUGAUUACAGUGGUACAGAAGAUCUUCUAAAUGUUGAAAUAAAUGAUUUUCAUGAGAAAAUUUCAACUGCCCCUGUGUUAGAUGAUUUGUUUGGUGAGAGUACAGAUUCAAGCUAUCUAACGUCCAACGAACAGAAAACCAACUCUGACCCUUUUUCCGAUGUCGCAUUUCACACCAACGAUAAUACCGAAACUGUUGGCGGCGGCGAUAUCUUUGAAGGAAUGAGUGUCGAUAAAAAUGGAGUAGAAAAGGUCCAAUUGGCAUCAGUAACUGCCAAAGACGAUCCAUUUGAUAUUUUCGGAUCCAGUUCGGAUUACUCAUAUUCACAGUUUAAUGAUUAUAGUGAUGCCAGCGAUCUAAUGAACGGAUUAUCUGUUAAUGGUAAUAAUACCCAAAAGAUUCAGCAACAAGUAACAACUUCUGUUGCCAACUUGCAAUCCAAUAACCAAGUUCUUCCUGAAAAUGGCGGAAUAUCUCAAUCAGGCACAGCGAAUGCCAACAUGUUCAAUAUGGGGGGGCCCAUGGGCUAUAACAUGCCACCUGGAUUAAUGUUCAAUCCAGCUUUUGCCGCUUCUCAACAAAUGAAUUAUGGUGCGAUGGGGAAUAUCUUGGCCCAGCAGCAGUUAUUAGCGACGAUGUAUAACUUUCAACAGUUUGGAAAUCUCCAGCCUCAGAAUUCUGGUUUUGGUCAAGUAUCUGAAGGAAACAUGGGAGGAGUAGGCGGGUCAAACUCGUCAGCACUUCCAGAUAUAUUCAAUCCUAACAUUCCAAACCAAACACCAACUUCUAUGAUGAACAAUUCGAAAAAAGAGGAAACAACCAAAGCAUUUGAUUUCAUCUCGGACCAUUUGGCAUCAGCUCGAGAUCCUAAGAGAGUGGUUUAAGGCCAUCCCCGGUAUUUCUCUUCCAAUCGGAUCGGUAUAUGAUUUCAUCACGAAAUGGACUGGAGUAUGCAUUUGUUUUGUUCUGUUUUUUCUUUCACUGUCUGAUGUGCGAGCCUUUAAAGAAUGGAUUUUUAUUGAUUAAAGUUUUGGAUAAAGAGAGACUAGUCAAAAAAGAAGAAAGGAGAGAAUGUGGGUUGUGCAUGCCUCAGAUAAGUUUAGUGCUCAAGUUUGUGUUUGUAAACAAUUAAAUAACAGGCUACAUUAUUACACUCUUGAAUUUGUAUUGUCUUUUCUUGUUUAUUCAUAAUUUGACACUCA